GCAGCCGGCGGCAGCUGCCGCCUCACGCCUUGGCAGCCAACACACGCGCAGGUCGCAUUCCCGCAACGGGACACCGGCCGAAGCCGAGCGUUUGGCAGCUCGCGUCGUCGUGCCACCAUUGUCGGAACGGCUGCUGCCGUGUGACCUGCGGCGACACGCCGCCUUGUCCGCGCGGGCCCACGUGGUCGGCGGCCAGGCACGCAGCGACGUCCUCGACCCCGCGAGCGGCCUCGGGCGGAUGCCGCCUCGGCGCGGCAGCGUGCUCCCACCGGCCGGCGCCCAGGAAGCCCAGACGACGUGCCUCGAAGCGUGGAUGGGCGCCGCCGCUGUUCGCUCCCCGUCGGUGUUGGGGGCGCGUCGUGUUGUGACUCGUGUCGCGCGGCCAUGUGGUGGUGCGAGGCCGGCGGCCGCGACCUGCCGCCCCCGUCCGGCUGCCGGUCGGCGGUGCUCAAAGGAGGCGCGCCCUGGGGAUUCCGGCUGCAGGACCGGGCCCCGCCCGGCGGACUGCCCGCCGUCGUCGUGUGCCAGGUGGAUCCCGGCGGGAAGGCUGAGGCCGAAGGUCGCAUUCGGGUGGGCGACCUGGUGCUGUGCGUGAACGAGGUCCCGUGCUCUCGCGCCGACCAGGCAAGGCAGCUGGUGGACAGUGCAUUCAACACGCUCACGCUGCUCGUCUGGAGAAGGAACGGCGAUUCACCACCGUCGUCGGGUGGCGUCUCGACCCGGGAGAGCCUGUGGCAGAAGGCCUCCUCGCUGCGCCAGUCGCUGCGGGGCCGCAGCAGCCGCCACGAUGGGACUCCCGGCGGCGGCGGCUCCUCGAACCGGCGGCCGGCCUCGCUCUACCUGGCCGACUCGUCGUCCCGCUGCUCCAAGUCGCGCCAGUCGCUGCGCCGCGAGUGGGGCUCGCAGCGGGACCUGUCGCGCGAGAAACGCCACGCCGCCUCACUGCCGCACCCUCCGUCCCAGCAGCAGUCACAACAUCAGCAGCAGCAACAGUCGUGCGACGCCGGCUCGGACCAGGAGCCGGACACUGCGUGGUCCUCGACGUGGACGUUGCCGGACAGCGGCAACGUGCCGCUUCCGCCCAAGCAGCGCUCGCCACGCAAGUUGACCAAGGACUCGGGCUACGAGACGAGCGGCGGCGGCGGCGGCGGAGCUCACGGAGAACCCGACUACGUCAACAGGGAGUGGGUGUCCCGCGCUCCCAGUCCGCCGCCGUCGGGGUCAGGCCAGACGUCGUGCUCCUCAUCCGGCACCCCGUCGGGUCCGGCCAUUAUCGGAACUAGUCCCGUCGGCGCUGGUGGCGCGACGCCCUGGACAUCGGGCCCAGGCAAUCCCGGCGCUGGCGCCCGGGACACUUGCCGGGAGACUGGCGAUGACGGAGGAGGUUCAAGGAGCUGUUUCGCCUCCGGAGAGUCGCUAAGGUCACCAGGAGGAGUCUCACUACCUGCGCCUGGUAGCGGCGAAGAUGACGACAUGGUGACGAGACGCUUCAAGAAGGGUACCGUGUACAGCGCUCUGGCCAGCCAGAGUGGCCUGGACUUUUCUCCGGUCGUGCUUCCGGCAACGAGGCCCAACUGGGGCGAUCGCUCUCAGAUCGGCUGCGCCGAAGACGACAACAGGGUCCCACCGCCACCACCGCCGCCGCUCAAGGAGAGGAAGCCCGCGCCGGCGCCCUCGCACGAGAAGUACCCGUCGUGGCCCGUCACUCCAGCAGCGCCGGCGACGUCGACGGCUUGCCGGUCCAAGUCGUGGACGCAAGAAACAGAUUACCCGAAGGAGAAAAAUCACGGGUACGCCAGGCCCAAGAAGGGCUUCAAGAUCUCCACUCAGCAGCUGCAGCCGGUGCUGGAGCGCGCCUGCGAGCCCGGAGCCAAGAAGGCACCGAUGACACCGACGUCGUCUUCCGUUUCAGACGACGGCGGAGCUGGCAUAUCGAGUGCCAACGAUGUAUGCCUCUCGGCCGAGCUUGCCAAGUCGAGCGAGUGCAGCGCGGACGCUUACCUGAGCAGGUACGACGAGUUCCUGAGGCAGUACCAGCGCUGGAGCGAGGCGCCGUUCCUCCAACGGCUGUACCAGGAAGGCGAGAGGGACGGCUGGCCGCGAGCCACCGAGCCGCCGCCGCCGGGCAGCGAGUCAGCGUGCGACUCGCUGGGCUCCAGCGGCGGCUCCAGCCAGGACACGCUCAAGUGGCACGGCUCCUACAGUGACCUGAGUGCCUUCUCGGCGUCCAACGGCUCCUCGCUCUUUGACAGCGGCCACUCGACUUUACCGGACAGCGGUCGCCUAUCGCCGCAGUCCUCCUGUGACGGUAGCCUCGCCGAUGGCAGCCAGAGGCUCGUCUCGCCCAGCCAAGCGGCAGUGGCGCGCAGCGCACGCGUACUGCAGCCCAAAAGGCACGAGUCCGAAAGCGUGCUGUACUACGCGCCCUGCGAGCGCAGCAAAACGCAGCAGUCCUCUCGACCCAAUGAGUGUUCGCGCGUGGCGCAGCUGAAGGCAGCCUUCGACCCAGCUUGCUCAAUGACUGCUCAUUCGUCGUCCAGCCGCAAGGAACCGACUAAAAUGCUGUUCCUGGACCCGGAAAAGAAGCAUCGGGUUUCCGAUCCAGAGCUGAAGGCUAUACAAAAGCAGGCCGUGCUAUCAUUCUACAAACGCCAGACGUCGCAAGAUUCCAAGAACUGCGGAAACAGCAGCGGCAACAGGAACAGGACACUGCCGCGGAUUCCUUCGUCGGCGAAGUGGUCGGUAGCUGUGUCUGAGGCUUCCUCAAGUCAGCCGCCAUCGCUGACGACGACGGUGAAUUCGGUAACAUCUCCCAAGUCUCACGAUGCGAAAGAGAAACCUGAUGCGCCCUGGAGAGGGCCUCGAAGCUGGUCGGUACCGGACAUCACGCAGCAACUCAGCGUGGCUCCGAAGGCGCCUUGGGGUCCCGUCGUCACGGCAACGUGCAAGUCGCUCGCGGAAGCAUCUAGCAGGCGUUCUUGCGACGGUACGUCGCUCAGCCGGACUCCGUCAGUGAAUUGUAGGUCAUCCGCCGAUGUGCCGCCUCUCAAAAGGCAACUAUCUGUGGCUGUGCCCAAGGACUCGCACCAGGGACAUACUAGUAGUGAACUUUCUUUUACUGCAAGCAAAGCGCCAAAGUUCGCGUCUUCUUCUCAGCCAAUAGUCAGCGGAUCGGAUCAACAGGUUGUUCAGGAGGAGCACGCCCAAAUCGAAGCCGAAGUCAAGGACGAUGUCAGUGCGGAGAGCCGGCGAGAAUCACAUUCCCUGAGGUCCUCUGUGAGCGGCGGACGCAAAGCCCAGCUGCGUGAAGUGCGGCUUCCGGACCGGGGCACACCCGCCCUGCAGCUACUCACUUCCGAGGGCGUAACACUCGCCGUUGCUCCUCCGGCGAGCAACAAGUCUCCGACUGAUACCAGGGGAGGCGCGUCUGCGUCAGACCGCGACAGCGUGGUCGACAUGGUACCUCAGCUAAGCAAGCCCAUCGACCGGAGGGCGCAGCAGCAGCAGGAAAAACUGCUCGACAGGGUGCCCGAGAAGCUGCUCGAAUCCAGAGUGGCUAACAACAAUAACAGCAUCGUUAACAAUAACAACAACAAUAACAACAGCGCCAGCAACGGUGGUAGUCCCGCCGCUGUGGUGACGCAGCAUGGCCGGAGAACCGACGCCAUCACGGUGCUUUCCGGCCACAAAGAAGUGACUCCGGUGCAUCUGGCGCUGCAGGCUAGGGGAAGACAUCACGAAAGGAGUCACGACAUAGACAACAGCCCGCAAGACAAGGUUCACGCUUCGCGGUCCAGCGAUAGCCCGAGGUCACGGGAGAAGAUGAUUAUACCAGAUGAGAGGUUUUCGAGCUUAGAGGAAGGUAGCAGGUCGUCACAGCCUAACAGAAGAAGCCACGAGAAACUCUUCGACAGAGUCCACGAGAAGUGUCUUGACGUGCGGAUCCAGGGGCCCCCUCGAGGCGGAGAUUCGUCGGAAGGACCGAUCGCGAGCGGCUCUCCGUUCGCGGCACCACCUCCGGCCGUGCCACCCCGAAGGAGCCCUUCAUCCGAUCCGAAGCCACCGCCUCGUCCGCCACCCAAGAGAAGCGCGGCGGCCGCGCCGGCAGCUUCGGACGAGAACGGCGUCGACGACGAAGCCGAGCUGCAGAGCAUCACGGAGCGCAUCGCUGGUCAAGUCAACCUGGCGCGGGCGGACGCACCUUGUCCGGAGUCCCUGCAGCCGCCCGCGCCCGUUCUCGCAAGGGUCGGAGCGGGCUCCGCUGACGGCAGCGCGGGCGCCAGCGCGUCGGCGGCUGGCCGGCCGGUGUCGUGGACGAGCCUGUGCUCGAGCCCCGAGCUGCCGCUGCCGUCGCCUCCCCCUCUGCCUCCGACGGCGCGAGACCUGUGCUCGCCACCCGCAGUGGACGACGACGAGCCCCUGCCGCCACCGCCGGACGACCUCGAGCACGUGGCGCAGCAGCAGCCGGGCUCUGUCGCCGUGAAGGAGUGCGACCCCGCGGACCCCAGGGUGUACCCCAAAGACUCGUACAUGUGGUAUCGGACCGAGCGGAAGCCGGGUCGCCAGGGCUUCCAAGGGAAUUACCGGCGCAGUUACCACGGAAGCGGAGGCGGCGGCGACGCUGCUGACUCGGGUCCCGAAUCGUGUGCGGGCUCGGACCAGGGCUCUGAGUUCACCUCGGAGGAGGCGAGCUCCGAGUCGUCCUCAUCGUCCUGUCCUUCGUCGCCGCUUAGCUUCCCACCGCACUCGUGGCCCUCUCCGGGCGCCGCAGCUCCUCAGUCCGUGACGACUGCGGCCUCUAGUCAGGACUCCUCGUCGGCAAAGGACGCGUCCCCGCAGUGCGAGCCCGCGGACUCCUUGAACAACAACAGCUCGGCAAGCACCACUGCCAUCACCAGUAUCGCCACUGUUGGCGGCAACAUCAGCAGCGGCAACAACGUCAACAACAACGCGCCGCUUCCAACCGCGGGUGGCGAGCAGGUGGCGUGCAACGGUGGCCACGAACUCUGGACGACUACGUGCUCGUCGUCGACCACGACGAGCGCGAGUACGACGAGCGCCAGUUCGGCGGCGUGCCGCCGCACCAACUCGGCGACGCAGACGGGACCCGACGACGAGUGGUGCUCGGCGGUCCAACUUCGGCGGCCCUCCCCGAAGAGCCAGGAAGAGCUGGAGUGCGAGCGCCUGUCGCAGGACUUCGCCUCCCGGUACGGGGACGCUGCGCUGCGCUCCCUGCUCGUGCCCAGUCCGAACCAGAAGACGACGUCCGACUACCUGGAAGGCCUGUUCGACGCGGACGCCAUCCACAAUGGGCAGCCCGAUUCCUCGAGGCGGCGCAACUCCGCGGCUACGUCGCCGCAGCCUUCGCCGCCGCCAACUGCUUCAUCGUCACCAUAUCUUAUAUCCAACACAGGGAACAACGCGAUCAGGGACGAGAACCUUCCCGCGAACAGUGCCUACUACACGACGUCCGAGCCCAAGGCCAAGUUUCUGACCAGGUUCGGAUCGGACAUCGGCAAGCAGGAGUGGACCUCCGACACCGAGCUGGCUGCUAAAAAGGAGGAGCUCAUGGCGAGCAUCUCGCGCAAGCUCGACGUGCUGCGCUCGGCGCGGCUGAGCCUCCGCGAGGAGGCCUCGCAGAACGAGCAGCUCGGCCGCGCCCUGGGCAGCCGCGUCGACCAGCUGGCGCGGCCCCCCGAGCGCGACAAGUACCGUCUCCACGUCGACGAGCUGGACAAGAUCGUCAGCCUCAUCCUGUCCCUCUCCGGCCGCCUCGCACGCGUUCACAACGCGCUGGCCGGACUCGCCGGCGCCGACGAGCCCACCGCACAGGAAAGGAGAGCCCUGGAGGCCAAGCGGGACAAGCUGAGCAGCCAGCACGAGGAGGCGCGCCGCCUCAAGGAGAGCAUCGACCGGCGCAGCCGUCAGGUGGCCCAGUUCCUGCGCAAGUACCUGACACCUCAAGAGUACGCCGACUACGACCACUUCGUGCGCAUGAAGUCCAAGCUGCUUGUGGACGCGCGCGAGAUUGACGACAAGAUCCGGCUCGGCGAAGAACAGCUGGCCGCGCUCAGGGCGGGAACCGUGGCCACCGCGUCCUGGAAGUCCUUGGCCUCGUCCUAGGGUUCGACGAUAGCCGUGCUCUGACGCGAGGCCGUGGCGCCGUGAAUCAUCGAGACUGGAGGGGUUGCGAGGGGCUAGAGUCUCUGUCGCGUCCUGGUGGGCCAACUGCAGGUUAAAAAAAAAAGUUAAGUAUCUAGCACACUAUGUCUCUCGUAUUCUACGUGUAGGUCUGGGACACUAUAAAGUAGAUCAACAGCUUUUCCGAGAAUAUUACAAUUCACUCGUUGUCUUGAUGGCAUCGCCCGUCAUUGGACCAUGUGCUUAGAACUUGUAGCACUUUUUAGUAUUUAAAGCACUGUAAGGCAAGAGAAAAUAUCCUUUUCUAUGCUUCGAACUGUAGAGAUCGUUGCGAAAGUCCAACUGCACAACCUGGAGGCCUCUGUUCCCUAAAUCAGGUUAACGAAUACUGUAUAUUGUUGCAAAUAAUGCUCGAAAAACCUUGUUUCCUGCUCCUAAAUCUUGUUGUCAUAUGUUUAGAAGUACCAGAAACUAAACCUUAAGUAACAGUGAAUGAGAUAGGGCCCUGAGCGAAGCGUUUUCGCAUUCUUUCAGUCGCACCCGUCACAGAUAGUAUCUGUGCCAUAAUGUCCUAAUGAAAUUUCACUGCACAAAUCGGCAUGUCCCUUGAAUGCUUCCUUUAAUUAAGGAAAGUUUUAUUCCAUAGUUAACGGGGGGCUAAGUGCUGCUCUGCGCCAAACUGCGUCUGCAGUUCACACGAAAAGAACGCAGUAGGUGAAACUGUAGUCGUUGUCAAAAGCUGUCUGCGUGAAGCAGUUUUCAGAGGGCUACAGACAAGACUGUUUUUCAGAAACCAGUGCAAUUACGUGCCCUGAACCUCUCCAGUCUCGCCGAUUCGUGGCCGUCUCGUGUACAUAAGUCACCCCAGCACUCACCGCUGCGUCAUCGCUUGUCCAAAGUGAACACCACGGUUCAUCCAUGCCCAUGACGGCAGUCGACAGACUAGCCGUGAGAACUGCACCGCGGUCUUCGAAAGCCCCAUGUGUGCGUUCCUCAAUCGUCGGGAGGCCGGGAUGUGGUGACUAUGUGACUCGGUUCGUGAGGUGCCUGAGUGCUCCAGUGACUCAUUUUCUGACUGCCCUCCUAGUGCCAUAUCAAAUUUUUCAAGUCCCCACGUCCCUAUCACCCCACAGUCGUUUCCCUGUUCCUCGAGGUGGUUCCCGGAGGUUCCGCAAUAAUAUUGUUUCGGUUAUUGGGUUGUCGUGCAUAUGAGUCCGCUUCUUCUCUUGGUUCUAUUGUUUUGUUAAUUGCGGUACUAUUUCGUUGAUGACAACAGUUCAUGUGUGUCUCCCCGCAUUUCGUUACCUACUUCGUGUCAAAUAUUUCUGGAUUUUUGCUUUCCUAUUUUUACUCAUCGAAUGGGUUACUAAACGGCGAACACGAUUGAGCGUUUCUUAAAGUUGAUUUUAUGAAGAAACUAAAGCGGAACGCGUUCUUAGAAGCUUUUUUUUUUUUCGCUCUAUUCACUACGGACCUACGUAAGGAACCUGCAGAGUGCGACGUGCUCAUACAUCGCAAAGCUUGAACUAAAAUGGUGUGUUUUCAAAGCCUCUUGGCAUUAUUCGUGACUCGAAGGCGCCCCGGGAGAUCAAGACAGCGCAAGAAAUUAACGCAUUUGCUCGAGCAGGUAUGGUUGCGUACAACAACGGCCUAACGCUGUCUUAUCUACCAGAUGCUUAGCGAUUGCCGCAAAGGAAAAAGAGACAAAUGAAAUCAUUAGCAAGAUACAAUACUAUCACUCGCGGAGUCUCGAAAUGCUUUGCAAUGCUACGGGAACCCAGUGCUCUGCAAGUUCCACCAUUCAGAACACACGUCUAACAAGUUGUGUUGUGUACGGCAAGGACCGUGUAGCCCGUGAGCGAUGUGAGCGUUCCACUGGCAAUUGUGUCCAACGAUUUGAGUGGUCAACGAUGUGAGCGCUGUGACGCGUCCUCCAGAAAAGUGAGGCUGCAUGCACAAACCGCGGAGUCGCAGAGACUCACAUUUGGACGUAGCACUUUCACCUGUUGUAAUAUUUCCCCACGUUAGCCCGCUUUCGUCUUUUCAAACUGCUGUUGACCAAUUAAAAGGCAGCUUCUGCUUUAGGAAUGCAAUAUUGCGACUCACUGAAUGUUGCACAUGUUGCCGUUUGCGAGAGAGAGAAAAAAAUGUAGUCCACAUUUUUUUCUAGUUUUUUUUCUUGCAUUUGAUUGCUCUUAUUUUUCUUUUCUUUUUUCGUUUAUUAGUGUGUAUAUUUAUGCAGUUGUCAUGGCACCGUUACACCGCAUUUCUUUUUCUUCCUUGGUUUUGGCUGCGUGACCGCCUCUCCCCUCUUUUCUUUUUUUAAGCGCUUUUAAUUUAUUCUCCCUCGCUAAUUUACAAAUGCAUAGGUCACUAUAUACGAAAAGUAGGAGGGGAGCGUCGGUCGUCGUCUAUGGCAAGUACUGCGUUUCUAGUGUGAUAAGAGUGAAACACUCUGGAGGAGUCUUGUAAGCACCCUGUUAGGUCAGUGGCAAUGUUUUCACCGAACAGAGUGGAUUGUGUCACGUGAGGAAAGGAUCUGUGAAUAGUGUUGAUUUCGAAUGGAGUUCCCCGCGCAUUUGUGUGCUUGCGUGUGCGUGCGUGGGUAUAUUCUUUGUGCUUGCGUGCCGCUUCUCUUAAUGCCCUCUCCCCCGUCCACUACCCUCGCCCGUGUUCUUUUCGUGGCCUGGUUCCAGAACCAGGAAUGAUUGUAGGUGUGACAGGUCCAGCGCUGUUGUGGAAAGAGCGUUACGCGCGCGUUUACCGCAAGGCUGUUCACUUAUUAACAGUAUUUUUGUAGAGCCCCUUUUUAAAGAUCCUGGAGAGGCGACAGGUGCGUUAAACCUUGCGGGGAACGCGCGGUACUUCCUUGGCGACCGCCUGCGUCGUCGUUGGACGGUUCGAGGAUCCCGUGUCUUUUUGUACAAAGCGACGACACAAGAACCACCGGCAGCUGUUGUUCGCCGCCCGCCUGACCCGAGCCUCAGCUCCCGCGGGUGGCGACGCGUCGCGGCUGUUGACACCCGUGCGUACUUGUUUCUCUCGGCUGCAAUGCCGCGCGGUUGCAUGAAGGCGCGCUCGUGCGCGUCCGCAGUCAGCGGAUCGUGUUGUGCCCGCGGCGCGUCCUUCGAUUCUUAACGUGUAUAUAUUGACAGAAAAGCCACGUGACAAAAUGGCAAGUCUGUGAUUUCAAUAAAAAGCCACAUUGCUGUGCA